AUGCCACGAAAAAAUUCUAAAGUCUGUUUUGAGGAUGUUUUUGAAAGCAUCUUGAGCAGAAAUGAUUGUGAAGUAGAAAACCUAAGCUCUGAUGAAGAGGUUGAUGAUACUGAUUAUGUUGCAUCCAAUAAUCAUGAUGGUAGUGAUGGUGACAGUAGUGAUGACAAUAGUGAUGAUAACGAUAGCGACGAUGUCGAAAGUGGGGAAAAUGGUGACAGUGCAGAUCCAGCAACCCAACAGAAACAAAAGAAAACAUUUCGAUGGAGAAAGAAAGAUAUGCCACCAUCUGAUGGCAGUUUUGAUUUAGCAAAAGAUGAUAUUGAAGAGAUCAAGUCACCGCUGGAAUAUUUCAGACAGUUUUGGCCUGAUGAGAUAAACAACUUAGUUGUAGAACAGACCAACUUGUACAGCACCCAAAAAACUGGUACUUCAAUUAAUACCAACAAUAAGGAGACCGAACAACUUAUUGGAAUGCACUUGAAGAUGGGUAUAAGUUGUACUGGUCACAGAAGAUGA